CAAAACAUCUAAAAAUAAAAACAAUGAAACAUCUCUUAGUUUUUCUAAUUGUUUAUGGCCAAUGCACCAUUAUAUUCGCGCGCGAAAACAAGCUCAAUAUAUGGAACAAUCUCGAUCCCAAUCACAAACACACAACCCUCUUUGUGCAUUGUAAAUCUGGAAGUAUCGACAAAGGACCACAAUAUGUGCCGUAUGGAAAAUUAUAUCAAUUUCCUAUCAAAGAGACCUGGCUACGUAAUACGCUUUUUUGGUGUACUUUUAGACAUGGGCCUAACUAUAAGUUUGAACAAAAAUUUGAUGUGUAUAAAUCCAGAUCCCAAAGAGUACCUCAGGGAAGCAUAUAUGAAUGGAUAGUUAAGGAAGAUGGAAUUUAUUUUAGGAUAAAUAGCGCUCCAAUCCAUAAGGUGCAUAAUUGGAAGUUAACAGGUGCAUAAUUGGAAGUUAACAUAAUACAUGUUAUGUUGGUAUCAAUCUUAUAGAACAAAUACUGAAGCUCGUCAAAAACUCGAUUAUGAAGUAAAUUUUGUAAAGUUAUGUAAACCAAAAAAAUAUACUUUAGAUCUCUAACAUUAUUAUUUUAAGCAUAUUUUCCUUUCUUUCUUUA